ACGAGCUAAAACUAGGUUAAUUUUUGGACAAUUAAAUAUUCACUAGACAAUCUGUUAGCCUCUUACAUGCCUUGUGCUCCCUCUCAUUUCUCAAUGUAUUCAUCCAUGCUUAUAAUAAUACGGUUUAGUUUAUGUGUUAACCGUAUAAUACUCCGUAUUUUAAAUUUAUACGCAGAAUUUUCCACAUGAGACAGAGGUCAAAAGUCUGCCGAAAUCAAUGAAGAUUAUAAGGCUCUUAAGUUAGAAAAUCAGCUGAUCUGUCGGCGUUGUUCGUUGAUCCGUAACCUCUCUGGUUUUGUCCUCUGAAGCGUCGGCCGAAUCAAAGGAAAAGGGCGCUCUCUAGUCGUCUCCACCUUUUCGGUUCAUAAGCAUAUAUUCGUUAGGUUCCUUUACCCCUCUCGGAAACAUUAAACACUGAGAGGAAAAAGCUUCGGAGCUUUUCUAUUGCAUUCUCGUUCUCCGGCGAUACAUAUGCAAGUGAACCUCUUUUUAUUCGGUCAACCUUAUUCCGAGAUAUUUCAUUCUGGGUCGGUGCUCUUGCUACUUUGAAAUUGAAUCUUCGUGUACAGUACUUCAGGAGACGUUUUCUGCUGCAUUGAGUAUUCUCUCUGGACUGAAUUUGUCCACCUGUCCCUCUACAUACAGGUGCUGAUUUGGGAACAAUAGUAGACUAUGCGUCAUAAUUGGUUGACUUUCAUGGAUUUUGAUAAAGACCCAUCUCAAAUGUUUCCCCUAGAACCCUUUGUGCCUUACGGUUUUGGAAUGGAUUUCCUCUAUCAUAUUAACUCUGUUAUUGAUAAUUCAACCGUGGCCCUUCAAGAAGCUUUAUGCUGUUUCUCAACUUUUGCUGGCACCCUUGUAUUACGGGCAGCCAGUUCGUCAAAUGCAGAUAGUAAGGGUAGAAUAUCACACAGUCAUCAUAGGUCAUGCAGAAGUUCUGAGUCUUUGGUCCAAGGGAAGAAAGUUUCUUCUGGUAGGCAUAUCCCUAAAUCUAGCUGUAGAGGGAAGUUCACAUUGCCCGUGAUUAUUAGCAAAGUUUCGAAGUUCACUAUAAUGCAUCUAUUUAAAGAAUCUACAUAUCUUCAGCCAAUUCCUGCACUCUCAUUAGCAGCGGCAUUGGUGCCAGCUUUUACCAAUAUAUCUGGUAAUGUACUUGCUGCUCCCCUGGAAGAUGCUUCUACUAUGGAAGCACAAAUGUGUAUGGAUCAAAGCCCAUGUAAAGGUGAACAUCAUGGAUUCGCUAGUUCUUUUUUUCAAAGUAUAAAUUGGUCUAGGCUUGCUGUUGAGCCCAGAACUGGGAUUGAAUUUCCUAUCAUCUUGGACGACAUAAUCACCGGCGAUAAUAAUUCAAGCUUUAUGUCUGAGGUCCUCGUCGGAACAGGAUCCCGUAUUAUGACUGUUAUUAGAAUCAAAUCUUUGAAGGUUUAUGCUUUUGGAUUCUAUGUACAUCCUUUUGAUGUCUGCCAGAAGUUGGGUCAGAAAUAUGCUUCUGUUCCCGCAUGCGAACUGAACAACCUGCACGAGUUUUAUCAGGAUCUUUUGAGGGAGGAUAUCAACAUGACCGUUAGGCUUGUGGUUAGCUGUAAUGGGAUCAAAUUUAAAAAUGUCAAGGAUGUAUUUGAAAAAUCACUCCGAGCGCGAUUGUUGAAGACGAAUCCCGAUACUGAUUUUCACUGCAUAGAAAUAUUUGGCUCCAUUUUCUCACAAGAUAUCCCUUUACAUGUUGGGACAACAAUCAAUUUCCGGCGUACAGGUGAUGGACAUCUAAUAACUGAAAUUGGUGGCAAUCAUAUUGGAGCAGUUCAUAGCAAGGAGUUAUGUAGGGCAUUUUUUGAUAUGUACAUUGGGGAUUUUCCUAUUUGCGAGAAAACAAAGGAACAGAUUGGACAGAAUGUUGCUAGCAUUAUAAAGGGGUGUUGAGGUUUGGUUCUUUUCCCCUUUUACCACCCACCCUCCUACAGUAGUGAUCACACAUUUUCGUUGGGAGCGUUCAUGGCGACCGGUCAUCAAGUUGUAUUGGGAUGCCAAUGCUGAAGGCUUAAGUUAUAUCCGAAUGAGGAGAACAGUAAAUAAACUAUAUAGGUCGAUACGUUGCCCAAACAAUUUUAUGGUUACAAUUCAAGCCAGAGUUAGCUAUAAUUUCAAUAUCCAAACUCUGGACAGCCUAGGUCAUGAGUGAGAUGACUUGGAAGCUGUCGAGAUGCCCUAUGUGCUGUAAAUUGCUGUCUUAGCAGAAGUAGUUAUUCUCGUGUGAUGUGAUAUAUGUUGUACAGUGAUUUUAAGUUUUAGUAAUGUGCUGAAUUGUGACGUUAGUUGUGUUUGAGCAAUGAUUUAUGAGUAAGGCUAUGUUUGGGAGAAAAG